AUGACUAUACCCGUCACCCUCAUUAAGAAUAGCCUUUCGCCUUACGACCACAAAAUCGAGCUUCUCGAAGGAAGGGAGAAGGCGCUUCAGUACUCACUAUUAUACAAGAUAUCGAUCCUUAAGCUAAAGCUUACUAAAGCCUACCUUAUCGACAAUCUCAACAAAGGUUUUAUCGAACCCUUAACAGCGCUAUUUGCAGCUCCAGUCUUGUUUGCUAAGAAGCAAGACGGUUCCUUCCGCUUUUGUAUUAACUUCCGCGCGCUAAACAACCUCAUUCGUAAAGAUCGAUACCCCUUCCCUUUAAUCGAUAAGACCUUCGCACGUCUCUUAAGAGCUAAAAUCUUUACGAAACUCGACAUUCGGCAAGCCUUUCACAGAAUACGGAUAGACCCAGCUUUAAAAGAGCUCAUAACAUUCAAGAUACGCUACGGUGCUUACAAGUGCAAGGUUCUCUUAUUCGGACUAACUAAUGGACCCGCCACUUACCAACGCUAUAUAAAUGACCUCUUCUUCGACUUCUUAAAUAUCUUUUAUACGGCAUAUUUGAACGACAUCCUAAUCUACUCCUCCGACCCUUUAAAGCACGCCCACCACCGCACCCAACGCUUGCAAACGCUGCUCCGCGCCGACAACGUUGACCCACGAUUCUUGACCGAAGAGCUACGCCAACUUACGCCUUCGGAAACCGCCGUCACUAUCGAAGAGAUCGCGGAGCUCUCACCCACAUUCCGAGUUAUUAACCAAGUCUUAAAAGCCAAUCGGACCGCCCUUAGUUUCACAGCACUUCGAAUUCAAGCUUCUAGAGCUAAGUCCUCACCCGUAAACCACGAUUUUUAUAGCUUUAAUAAAAACAAACACGGCUACGACAACGUCUUUAUAAUAAUCGACCGCUUCUUUAAGCAAGCAAUCUCGAUCCCUUGUCAUAAGUCCAUCGACGCCAAAGGCUUCGCCAAGCUUUAUAUCUACCACAUCUAUAAGUAUUUUAAAGCUCCUUUGACGCUGACUUCUGACAGAAGACCUUAA